UUUAACUCUACCGAAUGUGAAUGUGACGCAAAUUACGAUUUAGUUUCAAAUCAACUUUGAAAGAGAGUUUACGUUGUGUGUAAAUUAAUACAUCUACGAAAUAUAAAUAAAUGAAAAUUGUUAUUUAAUAUGUGUAAAUAGUGAUUUUUUCGAUUAAUUUGUAUGUGUUUUUCUUUGCGCUAAAUAAUCACAAAGUGCGUUUAGAAAUAUAAGUGAGUAACUCUAUGGAAUACAACAACCCGUGAUGUGACAGCGCGCACAAGAUGGCGGUGGGAGAGGCGCGCGUGCCGCUCCUACACGAUGACAGACACGCGCACCACGGCAAGGGAGACCCGCCCCGAUCUCGCCAGCUGUCCGGCAGCGCGCUGGUCAUCACGUCGCUGGUGGCGGGGGCUUCCGCAGGCGCCAUCGCGAAGACGGUGAUCGCGCCACUUGACCGAGCUAAGAUUAAUUUUCAAACAUCCGAAAUCCCGUACUCAUGGCGAGCAGCUGUCCGCUUCUUAACUCAUAGCGCGCAAACGGAGGGCUGGACGGCGUUAUGGCGAGGGAACAGCGCGACCAUGGCGCGUAUAGUGCCCUACGCCGCGAUACAGUUCACUGCGCACGAGCAGUGGAAAAAAUUAUUGGGAGUUGACACGCCGCAAAGUGCUCAAGAGGCUCCCCUCCGCCUGUUGGUAGCGGGGUCGCUGGCUGGCGUGACGUCACAGAGCGCCACGUACCCGCUAGACCUGGCGCGUGCGCGCAUGGCGGUAGCGGACUACCGCUCGCUACGCGCUAUGUUCAAGCGAGUUAUACGGGAGGAGGGGUUCGUCACUCUGUACAGAGGUUACCCGGCAACCGUUAUGGGCGUCAUACCGUACGCCGGCGUCUCGUUCUUCACUUACGAUUCCUUGAGACACUGGUACAUAGACUACACGGGGUCCGGCCCGAGCGGCAUGACGAGCGUGCUGUUCGGCGGCGCGGCGGGCGCGCUGGCGCAGAGCGCGUCGUACCCGCUCGACAUCGUGCGGCGCCGCAUGCAGACCGCGCCGCGCCGCGCCGACCGCUCCUACCCCUGCCCCACCGUGCCCGCCACGCUCGCCUUCGUCUACAGGGCUGAAGGCUGGCGCGGUUUCUUCAAAGGGCUAAGUAUGAACUGGAUUAAAGGUCCCAUAGCCGUUGGCAUAUCCUUCGCUUCUUAUGACGCCAUCAAAUCAACUCUCCGUGACAUCGCACUCAAUCUGAACUGAUCUCCCAUGUGACCAGUAAUAAUUGGUUACCGAUAUCACCCUUAAGUAAUUUGUGACGUGUAAAAAGCUAUAUGAGUCUAUUCAAACAGAGAUUAUAUAGAUGCAGUGGGAUAAACAGGAUUAAAUAGUCAAUAUUAUGCAUAAAAAGAUAUACCAUAUAUAAAAAUAUUGUAAUAUUUUUAUGCAAAUUCAAUUAAAAAUGCUUUAUUAUAAAAAAAGCUAAUAUUUAAACAUUAAAAAAAAAACAACAAUGUUGGCAAAAUAAUUUGAGUUAUCUGAAAUAUUUCUUACUUUUUUUUUUCUUACUUCUUCGACAUUUUAUUACAUAUCCAUGAAACAAAAUGAAUAUCACUUACUGCCAAUCCAACCUAAGCUAUUUCAAUAAACUAUGGUUAUGCUAUUCGUAAAUAGUGAUGUCAGUACUCUAAUAUUACCGGAUAUACUCAUUGGUAAUAUUUCUAAGAUUAUUUAGAAUGAGAUGGACGACCUUUGUCUUACUUCUUUGAUUACUGAUUUGACCCAUAUGUAACAGAAUUGCCUCAUUUUUUUAAAUAAAAUUUGAUUGAAUGGUAAUCUCAGUAUUGUAGUAAACCAUUUUAAUACAUGUAUAUUUAUUUAAUAAGUAAUACAUACCUUAUAUACAUAUCUUUAAAGUGCUUCUUAUUUAACUUUGAUUCUUAACCAUUAUAAGUAUACAAAUACAUCAAGUAUUUUCUUUAUAUACCUCAAAACUUAAAAAAAGUGUUUAAUUAUAUAGUAUUGUUAAAAAUGUUAUGUUUUUUAAAAGUAUAUUUUAUUAGAGGGCAAAGUGCAAUUUCAUUAUUAACUUAUGUCUGGCUUUAAAUAUAAAUUUUGAUUAGCGGUUCACUUAAAUAACGCUGUCUUUUUCCUUCAUCUGUCACAUCAAUGAUGUCAGAAAGAAAGACAUAUUUGUUUAACUAAACGUUUAUGAUUCAUGUCACAUUGAUUUAUAAUACUUAUUUGCCGAAUUGCAGUAUCUAUGCCUUAUAAAAUAAGCAAUAUAUAAGAGAAUUAUAUCUAUAAUUUCUAUGUGAUUUUUUUUUAAUGAAUUUAUAUACGUAAAUGAUUUUUGGAAGCUACAUUGAUUUAUAUAAAUACUUUUUAAGUAGGUGUAGAAUAAAUGACUUGUGGCACAGAUUAUAUAAUAUUUAUAAAAAAUAUGUCAACAAAAAGUGUUUUCAUUUUAUUUAUUAAUGAAUUGAAGGCUCAAACUUAAAUUUAAAAAGCGAUAGUUUUUAAGCUGACAGUAUAACGAAUAUAUUUCAAGUUCGAAAAGAUGUUAAUUAUAUUAAAUAACUGGAAAAAAUAAUAAAAAAAGUAUUUUACUUAGGUAGGUAUAUAGAAACAGUUUCUGAUAUAUUAUCAAUUAUUCAUAUUCUUAAAUAAUAAAAUGGCGACUGAUUGUAACAAACGACAAUAAAUAUUAAGUAAUUUUUUUUAAUAAUUGUUUUCAAUCUCAUAGAAAAUUGAUGACAGUUAAACAUUUGUAUUUCAAGAUAAAAACUAGUAAAGUUUUUUUUUUUAUAUAAACAAUUUUUUGAGCAAAGUAAAAAAAAUGUUAUGCUAGCAAGUUUAGAGGAAUUUUUUAAUAGAAACAUUGUACUUGCAAUAUUAGGUUUAUUAAAGCACAAUUUUUUAAAUUAUUAGUGUUAACUAUACACAUAGAAAUAAUCGAAUAACCAUACAACAUAUUAUGAGUGUAGUCCGGCCUUUAUUGUAAAAAAAUCGUAAUUUAAAAAAAAGAAGAAUACUGUAAAAACCAUUAGUAAUCUGUAACAAAAAAUAAUUGUAAUAGAUCUUUUAAAAUAUUAAAUAUGUAAUUCAAGUAUUUUAUAAAUUAUAAAUAUUUAAUAUUAAAAAAAAUACCACAGAAUAUACAUAUGUUGUUUAUGUUUGACUCAAUUUGAACUACAUAAAAUUUUUGUAGUAAAAAAAGUCAUAUUUUAUUUUACUUUUGAUUAAAUUGAUGGAAAAUUAAAUAAAAUGCUUAUUUGUAUCAUCCGUUAGAUGGUUAUACUACUCGGUACUACUGGUGCUGCGAGACUUUAAUAUAAAACCACUGAGUAUUUACUGCUGGUCACACAAUUGGUGCCUCAUCUCUCAUUUCAAAUAGGCCAAGCCGUAUUAGGUAGUUACUUAAUAAAAACAUUGUUAUAGCGCGAUUUAAAAGACAACUAGCGCCAUCUAUAAACGAAAAGAAAAAUUCAAAAUAAUAUUUGGCAUAAUGUCAUAAGAUCUUGAACACAUUAGAUAAACCAUUUCGCGCCAAUCGAUUCUCUCUUGCCCGGUUUAACUUCCAAAAUAAAAUAACAAUACCGGUAUAUAAUUAUUAUGUAUGUUAAUAUAUAGUAUUAAGUGUUUUAAAGUUGUAAAUGUUGUUUGUACGAAUAAAAUGUUUUUAUCGUUA